CUGGGUGAGCGAGUCUUCGCGGGCGAUGGAGAACGGAGCGGUGUACAGUCCCACCACCGAGGCGGCCCCGGGCGCUGGCAGGGGCGCGCGCAGCGGCCUGGCCGCCUACUUCUUCCUGGGCCGGCUCCCUUGGUAUCGGCGCAUCCUCAAGGGCUUGCAGCUGCUGCUGUCUCUCCUGGCCUUCAUCUGUGAAGAGGUUGUGUCCGAGUGUGGCUUGUGCGGAGGCCUGUACUUCUUUGAAUUUGUGAGCUGUAGUGCCUUUCUCCUGAGCCUCCUCCUGCUGAUUGUGUACUGCACACCAGUGCAUGACAGAGUUGAUACCGGAAAAGUCAAGUCAUCGGAUUUUUACAUCACCUUGGGAACAGGCUGUGUGUUUCUGCUGGCAUCUAUCAUUUUCGUCUCUACCCAUUUUGGGACCUCAGCUGAAGUUGCUGCAAUUGUGUUUGGCUUCAUAGCAAGUUCAAUGUUCCUCCUGGACUUUGUUGUCAUGCUGUGUGAGAAACUGCGGGAGAGCCCACUGAGAAAGCCCGAGAACAACGCCAGGGCCGAAGCCCUCACCGAACCACUGAAUGCUUAAAGACGUGGAGCGGGGGCUGUGGACCUAAAGAGAGGUUCCCUCCGUGUGACCUGUGUCAUGUGUGCACAUUUUGGAGAGAAGGGAAGGGGCAGGAGAACAGCUUCGCAGCACUGGGCUGGGUGGCAGCCCCAGCAGUAAGCUCAGGGGGCUUUUAAUAACUGUUGGAACCUGUCUCAAGUGGAGGAGGUUUUGUUGUUUGUUUGUUUGUUUGUUUGUUUUGUUUUCAGAGCUGAAGACUGCUGUCUGUUUGAAUUGCAUGUCUAUCAUUGUGCUACAGGAUGCCCCUCACCAGUCUUAGCUUCCAGACCUUGCCUUCUCUGUCCUUUCAGGAACUGGUUAAUUUCUGUUCUGUUGCUGGAGAUUUAAUUUGUGUUUCAGAUGCUGGUGUAGGCUUCUUUUCUUAAUGUUAUGAUCCUUUACUGUAUCUUACUCAGCCUUACACUUAUGUGCUAACCUUUUAAAGCAAUUAUUCUUAAUUCCUUCUGAGCCAUGCAUUGCUUAACAGAAAACCUGUGGGCUGGCGCUGUUUAUGUGUAUGAAAGCAGCAGUAUCAUCAGCCUUGUGGUGGCUUUUACAUUGCACUUUGGUUGUUGAGAUUAAGUUUAGAAGAAAACGAGGUUUGUUAUGGAACACAGGGAAGUAAGGAAACUGAUAGUCUAUCUAAAGACCAAAGAGAGAAGAGACUGUCCCGCACAGCGGGUGUAAUCGCACAGAUAGGCCUUGGCCACUCAGAGAUGUGAAGGGUUGGUGCUGUGUUCACGCAUGCAGACAAACAGAGUUGAUGAUGUCAGACUGGAGACUGUGGGUCUCCCUCCGGGCAGAUGGUUGUUUCUGCUCCAGCGAACACAACUCGGCAUGCCUCUCUUCAGAGGCCUUACUCUCCAUUCUCUUCCAUUGUCAGCCAUCCCCAGGCCAUCUAGAGUUGUGUCCCUUCUCAUCACCAAGAGUCUGAGGCAGGAGUGUCAGGUUUGUGUUCCCACGGGCCUCUGCUUGGGUUUCUCUCCAGGGGAGGUGUCCUGAGGAAUUGACUCCUAGAAGCCCUGCUAGUGAGCACUGCUGGUGGUGUAGGGAAGCUGCAGACUUCCUGAGACUUUGGAAGGAUGGCUUGUUCCUGGAAGACUAUCUCAGAGCCACUGGGCACCCUUCUGACCAAGGGGACCCUUCCUCCCUUCUUCCUAGAGUUUGACCAAGACUCAGGUAUAUCAAGGCCUUUGGCGCACUGGCGAAGGUUUCCCAGGCCGGGGUUUCUCUCUAAAGCGGUGCAAUUAUGUUUCUAGGGAGUCACUGGAAAGUCCCCCUCCUUUUCAGUGUCUUGUCUGCCAUUGUGUGUGGAAGAUGGUUUCAGUUUCAUGAGUCAGCCUGUUGCAGUUCUUGGAAGUGGAUGAAUCUGGGCACACAGCUUCUGUUCCUUCCUCACUGCCUAAUCUGUCGGCCUUAAGGUUUACAUGCUGGUGAUGUCACCACAGCUGCUUUGGAGAUCAUGAAACUAAUCAUGGAUGCUGCCUUACUGGGUGUGCCAUCACAGAGAGGGGACAGUAGGCUCUUGAAAACAAGAAUAGAAAAAUUCAAAAGUAACCAGUUUAUUGUAGACAAUUUUAGAGUAUUAUAUCAAGCUGUGCUGUAGUCAUUUAGACCUAUUGAGAAUUAACAGCAAAUCAGGGCUACUUUAGUGUUAACCAACUACUAGUCUGCUGACUGUUACUAUAACAAAAUACCUGAGACAAUUAACUUAAAACGAGGAAGGGUUGGGGAAAGAGUUUAGUCUUGGCUUGCAGUUUUGGAGGUAUUGGCCUUUGGUCAGACCUGUUGUUUUAGACAGCAGCACAUCAGGAGAGUUUGUGGUAGAGCUGGAAGCAAGGAAAGAAGGGCGGUGACUUGAGGUCCUGAAGUCUCUUAAGAGCAUGCCCUCACUGACCUAAGACCUCACUAGGCCCCGCCUCUAAAGGCUUCCAACUUCAAUAGUGCCAUCCUGGAGAGCUAGUUUCUAACUUGCAGGCUCUUGGGACAUUGCAUCUCAGUAGUAGGCACCUCUCUGCCUGUGGCUGGCUUGUUCAUGGCUGACAGACACACUCUGGCCUGUUCACAGGUGCAGCAGCUCAGCAUCGAGUUGUCCCACAGCAGAGGGCUCCGCCUCGGCUGCAUCAGGCUUUCCUUUUAGGAAGAGCAUUUGGUCACUUGUGUCUGUGGCCACUCUUAGAACUUUCUCUUUGGGGCAACCUGUGACUGGUUGGUGUCUGCAUUCUGUGGAGGGAGAUGGUAUUAAGGACUAGCACCAAGCACCCUCCAGAGGAACUGGGACCAGAUACCGUCAGCACAGAAAGGACAAUGUCUUUUUUAGUAGCUGUGGCAGACUUGAGUUGCUGUAAUUUAUACAAAUUGUUUAGAAUGGUUUUUAAGACAUAGAAGGGAAAUACACUUACUGCACAAGACUUUUAUAAUUACUAUACUUAAAUUAUGCUUUAUGUGGGGACUGGGAAAUGUAUUUUUACAUUGCUUAUAUCUGAUCACUUUUGUAUUUGUUGAUUUAAAGCCUGUGGGUCUUUUUUUAUCAUUCUUAAUAUCAACUUUUAUAAUCUUUUAAAAUAAAUCCUCUUAAUUCCAGCG